CAGAGAAAAUAUCAACAACAAUGAUUUUCGCUAUAACAAAAAACCAACUUCAACAACAAUAGCAGCCAGAGAUUGCUCCUCUUUAAGCCCACUUUUUUUUUUUCAUUUUUUUUUUUUAUUUUUGGAUUCUAUCUCUAUCUCUCUCUAUGAAAGGAGUAGAUGAACUUUCUCGGUUGCUUAUGGAGAAUGCCAUCUGGGUCUUCUAGAUCAUACCCAGAUCUUACUACUAAUCGAUCCAUCUGAUUAGCAUGCACAUAUUGCGAAAACUGAACAAAAGAGAGGGAGAGGAAAAGAGGUAUUGAUUUCUUAAACUUCAGGAGGGAGCCUUUAUUUUGCCAACUUAAAUUAUGAUCAAACAGAUACUUAAUAAGCUCCCACGCAAGUCCUCUAAGUCUGCUGAAAAUCGUGAAGGAGGGGGAACCUCUACCUCCUCUUCAAAUGCUUCUACCAGUUCAAGAAGCAGUGAUUUAGCAAGUAAUCGAUAUGCGAAUCCAGGCACUACAUCUUUUCCAGGCUUUGAUUCUUCAAAUAUAGGAUUAAAUCAUGCCGGUAAGCUUAUGCAAGCUGUGGACUCAAAGCUGAAUGGGAAUUUGGCGGCUUCCUCGUUUGAGGCUUUGCCUAGUUUUAAAGAUGUUCCGAAUUCGGAGAAGCAAAACUUGUUUAUUAAAAAGCUGAACUUAUGCUGUGUUGUGUUUGACUUUACUGACCCAACAAAGGACCUUAAAGAAAAGGACAUCAAGCGACAGACAUUGGUUGAACUUGUGGAUUAUGUUGCUUCAGCUAAUGGGAAGUUCUCAGAAAAUGUUAUGCAAGAGAUAAUAAAGAUGGUAUCCAUAAAUUUGUUUAGAACUCUCACUUCUCCACCCCGUGAGAAUAAAGUCUUGGAAGCCUUUGAUUUGGAAGAGGAGGAGCCGUCAAUGGAUCCUGCGUGGCCUCACUUGCAAGGUGUCUAUGAAUUUUUUUUGAGGGUUGUGGCGUCACCUGAGACGGAUGCGAAGUUGGCUAAGAGGUAUAUUGAUCACUCAUUUGUUCUCAAGUUGUUAGAUCUUUUUGAUUCCGAGGACCCAAGAGAGAGGGAUUACUUGAAAACGGUUCUGCACCGUAUUUAUGGGAAAUUUAUGGUGCAUCGACCAUUCAUCAGGAAAGCAAUCAACAACAUCUUCUUUCGUUUUAUCUUUGAGACUGAGAAGCAUAAUGGGAUCGCAGAGUUGUUGGAGAUUCUGGGUAGUAUAAUUAAUGGGUUUGCGCUGCCGCUUAAAGAAGAACACAAGCUCUUUCUUGUUCGGGCACUUAUUCCACUUCAUAAACCAAAAUGCAUUCCCAUGUACCAUCAGCAGUUAUCUUACUGCAUAACCCAAUUUGUGGAGAAAGAUUGCAAACUUGCUGAUACUAUUAUACGGGGUUUACUAAAGUAUUGGCCAAUUACAAAUAGUUCUAAGGAGGUCAUGUUCUUAGGUGAGCUUGAGGAAGUUUUAGAAGCAACUCAGCCUGCUGAGUUCCAGCGGUGCAUGGUGCCCUUGUUCCGCCAAAUUGGCCGUUGCUUGAGCAGUUCACAUUUCCAGGUGGCGGAGAGGGCUUUGUUUUUAUGGAACAACGAUCACAUUGAGAACCUAAUCAAACAGAAUCGCAAUGUUAUACUGCCAAUUAUCUUCCCUGCAUUGGAGAGAAAUUCAAGAAACCACUGGAACCUGGCAGUACAGAACUUGACAUUAAACGUUCGCAAAAUUUUCUCUGAUACCGACCCUGAGCUUUUUGAGGAAUGUUUGCUCAAGUUUCAGGAAGAUGAGGCACAAGAGAAUGAAAUGAAAUUGAAACGCGAAGCCACAUGGAAGCGCUUAGAAGAAAUGGCUUCAAUGAAAGUUUCAGUUAAAGAAGCAGUGCUUGUCUCUCCAAGAAAUGCCACUCGUGCACCUUCUGGCUAGAGAGAGGUUUCUGCGUGUCAGAUUCUAGCGGUUUGAAACAUAAAUUGGUGAUUGAACCACAAAGUCAAAGAUGGCAUUGCAUGGGGGUACGAAGCAGCCCCAUUUCGGUUUAGCACGUCUGGAUUGUAUAUAUUCAAUUGGAUGGACAAAGCAAAUGGUUGCUGCAGAUCGCCUUGGUAAUGAAGAUUUAGUCUGCAAAGUAGUUGGGAAAGGAAACGAGGGGGAAGAGUUCGAAUUUGACAUGUAUGAGCUACAUUUUUAUUUUAUUUUAUUUUAUUUUUGUGUAUUUGGUUCAAUGGAAGUAGGCUCAAAUCUUCUGAUUUAUUAAUAUAUAUUAUCAAACUUUGUUGUUUUUUUUCUUUA